AUGGGGUCUCGUUUCCACCCGCCGGUCACGACGGACCACCACGGUAGCCCCCACGCGGGCCUGAUGCAAGACAUAGGACAGCCUUAUAGUUCGUCUUUCGAUGAAGACACAGACGAAGAAAUAUUUGACAGACCCAUGCAUCAAUACGACGCAUUCUCUGGUGAACCGCCCCUUCAAGUGCGCCCCGCAGUAGCAGCAGAAGCCGGCCCCUGCAGGGUCAACUAUUAUGCCUCCCCUAAUUUGGGUGAGAUUAGCACUAGAAUUAAUUACAAUGUGGCCUCCUCCCCUAGUAAUACAGCAGCUAGGGAGGUGGCGGUGCCUCACAUGACUCCGUCUUCCAACACACCUAGGCUCGCCGAAACUCCGGCACGGGUUAGAGGGCCCUCCUCCCCCACAUUCUUUGGCGAAAGGAAGGGAGAAAAUGACGACCAUCCAGUUAAAUCCCGUCUUGAAGAAGUUCGCCCUAAUGUAGAUGUUUAUUCUUCACACGGAAGGGAAACGCACGAUUCCACAGGUCCUUCAUUCGUCGCCGUAGACAUGGGCGGAAAGAAGAAGCCACGCAGAGUUGAACAUCAGAUACGGAGUAGUGACGGUGCAGUUAAUGCCGUAUUAGGAGACUACAUUGGGAGGAAUAAGCAAAACUGGCCAAAGGCGUAUGGCGAGAACCGACCAGACGCGAAGCACGUUGCGGAGGAAGCAUUUUCAAAAGUGAAGUUCUGGAGAGAAGUUUUCUCGGGACUCACUGGAAUGCACGGGGUGUAUGUACUGGCGAACUUCGCAUUCGACAAUCCGGCCGGAGGCAUCUGUUCACUUUUUUGUUUCCUAUGUUCGGCAUUUGCCCAAGUUGAUCGAAGAGCUCCUUCGUACUUCUUGACAGCACUGCUCUCUUUUUGUUUCGGAGUUGUUGUCGCCGUUUCUCUUGGAACUCCCGUUCGUGGUUUCGAAAUCUUUUCCACAAAUCUUCUCUUGAGACGGAUAUGCAUCACUCAGGCAUGCUUACUGCUACUGGCCACACCGGUUGCGAUCCUCGUCGCCUUACGGAUCAUCGAACUCCACAGUUUCCUACGAGAACCUGGCGUUUUAGUCCCCGUAGACUGCAUUGAGCAGAUAACGGAAGACGUGCCAAAGAACGCACAAGACAGCUAUUCAAAUUCUUCAGAACAGCGCACAAACAAUGAUCUUCACACACGCAGGGAUGUCACUGAGUGCGGCAGCCAAGACGAUGAGAACUCGUCGUAUGUGGGCAACCAAGCCGCCAAUUAA